CUAAACGUGCAGCGUCACAUUUUUCCCUCAUCAGAUCAUCAUCUGGUUUCGCUUUCGAUGUUUGUAAACAGAAACUUUGCGGCCGCUCAGCUGACCGCCUCCAGAGCCGCGCCGCUAUUUAACCAGCAGCCCCGCAGGAUCCCGCAUUCUGCAGCCCCAGCAGCCGGACGUCAACCUCUGACUGCAACAUGUCUGGAGUUUCUGCCGGCGCCCUGCUGCAGCUCUGCAUCAGCACCAUCCUCGGCUUUUUUUCGGGCGUCUUUUCCAAAGUUUUCUCCUGGUCCAAAGGAGCCUGCGGGGCCACAAACUCCCUGGUUCCGAGCAGCCAGUGGGAGCAACGCAAAGACCUGGAUGUGACGACCCCAACCAGCGUCAACUACCACUUCACCCGCAAAUGCAACUAUAAAUGCGGGUUUUGUUUCCACACCGCAAAAACUUCCUUCGUCCUUCCUUUGGAGGAGGCAAAAAGGGGCCUGAGGCUUCUGAGAGAAGCAGGGAUGGAAAAGAUCAAUUUCUCCGGCGGGGAGCCGUUUCUGCAUGAGCGGGGAGACUUCCUGGGGAGGAUGGUGGAGUUCUGCAAGGCGGAGCUGCAGCUGCCCAGCGUCAGCAUCGUCAGCAACGGCAGCAUGAUUAAAGAGACAUGGUUCCAGAAAUACGGAGACUUUUUGGACAUUCUGGCAAUCUCCUGUGACAGUUUUGAUGAAGAAACCAACCAGAUGAUCGGCAGAUCUCAGGGCAAGAAGAGUCACAUCGAGAACCUCUUCAAGAUCCGCAGAUGGUGUCAGCAGUACAAAGUGGCGUUCAAGAUCAACUCGGUUGUCAACACCUUCAACGUUGACGAAGAUAUGAGCGAACAGAUCAACCAGCUCAAUCCGGUCCGCUGGAAGGUGUUCCAGUGUCUGCUGAUCGAUGGAGAGAACGCUGGAGAGGCGGCGCUGAGGGAGGCGGAGAGGUUCGUCAUCACUGACCAGCAGUUUCAGGACUUCCUGGACCGUCACCAGGCCGUUUCCUGCCUCGUUCCAGAGUCCAACGAGAAGAUGAGGAACUCGUACCUGAUCCUGGAUGAAUAUACUCGUUUCCCCUCCUACAUCCGUGACAGACCAUCGACUCGAGGACGCCAUCACGAGAAAAUGUUUCUGAAGAGAGGCGGGAAAUACGUUUGGAGCAAAGCUGACAUGAAGCUGGACUGGUGAAACAAAUCGGAAACGUCUCGGGUUUUAUGCACUUACUUCACUUUGCAACUUGUAGUUUUUGAAGUGUUACAAUGUUGAGCUGUGAUUUUUGUAAAUGUCUUAAGAUUAAGAUCAUCUUUGAGUGUGUUGUAAUUUGUUUAUAUUGUUGAUGUAAAGUUUAAAUUAAAAUAAGUUUUAUUUUU